AUGUCCAUUCAGGGACUAUCCCUGUCUUUUUCUCUGUUGUUGAUCUGCUUCCUUAGGGAGAGCUUCUGCAUUUGUGAUGGAACUAUCUGGACAAAGGUUGGAUGGGAGAUUUUUCCAGAAGAAAUGCAUUGUCUGAAAGUUAAGCCUUCUCCAUCUCACUGUCUACCUUACCCUCUGGACAAACUAUGCUGCAAUUUUGCUAAUGUGGAUAUACUGGAGAGUUCUUUACACCUCAUUUAUAUUUUAGUACAAGCUCUGUUUUUAAUCCUGUCUGUUUUAUCUGUGCAUUACCUGUGGAUGAAAUGGAAAAAACGCCAAAAACAGCUAAAAAAACCAGCCUCCUCAGAUACAUUUGGUAAUGAUCCAGAAAAUCAGUCCCUAUAUGACAUUGAUCAAAUACUCUGCCGGCUGGUGGCCACAACAUCAAUGAUGUCCAAGUACCUGAAUCAGGUGUCCUGUCAUCCUCCAGCUAAGAAAGUCAAACACCGAAAACUAAAGAGGAAGAAUGAGGGAGGAGAAGGAGCCAGAGGAAACUAGACCUAUCCAUAUGCAAACAUAUCUCAGUCCAAUAUGGAGGUUAGAGACAACUCAUUCAAGGAUAAAAAUGUUCUUUGAGA